AUGGUGACCGGGCACGCGAGGCUGGGGCUCUUCGACGAGGCUAUGGAGAUCUUCUUUGCCAUGGAGGACGACUGCGGCGUGGCCGUCGAAGCGGUGGCCGCAGCCGCGGGGUUCGCGGCCUGCGCGGCGGUGGGGGACCUCGCGCAGGGGAGGGAGGCGCACCGGCGCGUCGCGGCCUGGAAGGUCGCCCUCCAUGUCGUCGCAAGGAACGCACUGGUGGACAAGUACGCCAAGUGCGGCUAUGUGGCGGCGGCGCACCGGUGCUUCAGGAGGAUGCCGGCGAAGAAGACCGUCGUUUCUUGGAACACGAUGAUCUCGGCGUUCGCCCGCGCCGGCGAGCACGGCAUCGAGCACUACGGCUGUGCCGUCGACAUGCUCGGCCGCGCGGGGAGGCUGGACGAGGUGGAGGAGCUCGUCGCGGCGAUGCCAGUGCCGCCCGACGCGCUCGUCCGGGGCUCCCUCCUUGCGGCCUGCCGCGCGCACGGCGACGUCGAGCGAGCCGAGCGGGUGAUGCGGCGCAUGGCGGAGCUUGACCACGACGGCGCGGCCAGGGACCACGUGCUCAUGUCGAACAUGUACGCGUCCAGGGGCCGGCACGGCAGGGCGGUGCGGGUCAGGAGGCAGAUGAGAUUAGAGGAAGAUCAGCAAGGACCCCGGCUGCAGCUCCAUCGAGAUCGACGGCGUCGUGCACGUGUUCCGAGCAGUUCCGGCCAACUCGAUCAGAUGCGUGGACUGAACCAGACCGUCCUUGGUUCGGAAUGA